GUCUAAUAAUAUUUUAUUUAGAAUGAAGAGUUUAAGGUAUGAUCCAGCCAUCAUUAUAAACUUUGAAAGUGCAAUAAAUUUUGUUGUAUACAAAUAAGAUGGCUCUACUAAACACAAUGUUAGCAAUGGAGGAGAAUAAUAGGGGCACAAAAAGUGGAUGCAAAAUUUUGUAUAACAAGAUGAUAUAUAAUAAAAUCUAUUUUCUUUAAUUUUUUUACCUUUCAUACAAAACAGCUAACCUCGGAAUCAAACCCGCGAAAAUGUAUUACUUGUCGAUUUUAGUUUUUCAUAAAUAUAUAAUAUGAGCUAGGUCAAGUCAUUAUAGUAAAUGGAAUAUUAUAGCUGUGCGUGGUUACUAUUUUCUAAGGCUACAUUAUAAAAGCAAGCAAUAUUUAUAUAAAUCUGAUCAGAAUAAGAAGUUUAACUCUCCCAUAGAUUCUCCUCACUAUAUUAAUCUCAGAAUAAAUAUAUCGAAUAGCAACGUCUUUAUCGUCUUCAAUGAGAAGCUUUAAAAAUAACUCUCUUUGAGCAUUCGCAAUCUCCAAAAAUAUCGAUUUCGUUUGUUCUGCAUUUUUCAUAAUAUUUU